AUGAGUCGGCGACGGAAACAUGGGGAAGGCUCUGGUCCGAAGGACUCGCCGCGCAAACCUGAAGAGUGCGGCUCGUUGGAGCCGGGGAGGAGGCGACUGAGGUCGAGCCGCGGCUCCGGGCCCCGCGGGGCUGGAGAAGUGUUGCCCCAGCCCGUGUGGCAGCAAGGGCAGCUCCCCGCAGCUGCUGACUGCAGUAAAAGUAACCCCGAGGAAAGAUAUGAAACACCAAAGAGGACAAUGAAAAUGGAUUUUUUACCAUCGCCUUUCUGUUCUCCUAAUGAUCCAGAUGGACUGAAUGAUAUCUUUUGGGAUCAGAAUUCUCCAAUGACAAAGCAGUUAGGUAAAGGAAGAAAAAAACAGAAUUGCAUUACAGAUAAUGAUGAGAUUUCACAUAUUGUUAAUCGAAUUGCUCCCCAGGAUGAAAAGCCAACAACAAACUCUCUGCUGGGCGUGUGGAUUGGUGAAACUGCUAUUCCUUGUACUCCCACUGUAGCAAAGGGGAAAUCCAGAGCAAAAAUGAACUGCGCUAAGUUAAAAGCACAAAAUCAAGAAGAAGAGCUUAUGAAGUUGGCUAAGCAAUUUGAUAAAAAUAUGGAAGAACUAGGUGUAAUUCAAGAACAAAAUUAUGGGAAUCAUGAUUUUACCCAGGUGAUUUCAGAAACAGAGACUGUAAAUGAUUAUAAAGAUAAUAUGCAUAUGCAAUCAUCAUGUCAUAUGGUUCCUGGAAUAAGUAGUGCUGUUGUGCCGGUGAAGGAAAAUGCCACGAUGUCUAUAGGAAAUGAUCUAAGUAACUGUCCGAAGUCCUUUGACCAAAGUGUGGAAGCGGCCUUUAAUGCCAUUUUUGAUGGCUCCACUCAGAAGUGUAGUGGACAGUUAAGCCAAGAUCCACCAAAUGUUCUUUUGAACACUGGUGGCACUACCUUUGCAAAGAAGAACAAAGAGGAGAAAAUUGUUACUAAAGACACUCUGGUUACUGUAAAACUGCAAAGCCAAACCCCAGAAUCGUUUUCUUCUCUAGUAGAUACUCCUGUUAUGACAAAACCAUGCAGGACUUCUUGUGCCAAGGAACUAAAUAUGCACAUCGAUCCUUUUGCUACCAGUGAUUUUGAGGAAGACUGGGACACGUUACUCAGAAAUGACCCUUUUAUGAUGCCUGAACUACUCCCUGUGCCUAAAACAACUCAUGGUGCUGUUCCCAAGGACACUGAUACUUGCAACAGGAAAAAUGAUCAGAGUAAGUCAGUAGCAAACACAAAGUCAGAGGUCAGAUUAGGUGAUACAAAAAUUUUACAUAGUCUUCCUUCAAAGACUUGUAACACAGACUUAAUAGAUUCUGUACAGCAUAAAUAUUUGCCAGACUCAAAUAAUAACCCAAACCAGCUAUCAUCCACUAAACAUAAAAUGAGAUUUGGGGAAACUUACAAUAAAGUUCUUAAAAGUAAAAUUCAAGAUUGUGACCUUGCAUCUAGUAUAACAAAAAUAAAAGAUGUUCCUCCUACAUUUUCUCCUGUUGUGAAUACUUCUGAAAAUAAAUUUUCUCCGAACACAAGAUAUUUUCAUGAACCAAAAAAUAAGCUCAUCUUCAAUCAGUCCUUUAACAUAGAUUUGUUUGGUUCUGGAACUUCAGCCAGUGGAACAAAACCAGAUAGUAAGACGAAUGCACCAAAUUCAGGUCCUUUUUUUGAUGAUUGGAACGAUGCUUCAUUUGCCAAUGAAAUUAUUGAAGCAUGCCGUCAGGUGGAGGAUAUCUGGGAAACAGACACACUGGAUGAUGAUUUGUUAUACAAAGCCUGUGAUGAUAUUGAAAGAUUAACUCAGCAACAGGAUGUUAGAAAUGAGAGCAAAACAUCACGAAGUACAGUUGAAAUCAGUAGUUCCGAACAUGGAGCUAAAAACGUAUUUACUAUAUCUGAACAGGAAACUCGUUUGGGGCAAUCAAAGCAUUUGAAUCUGGGCAACAUUGCACUGCAAACAUCUCCAUUGGCAAUUAGCUCACAAAUAAAUAUGGUAGAGGAAAGGAAAACUUGUAGAAAUCCUCCAAGUAUUUUGAGUGCCAAAACAAGUUUGACUUUACACUGUAAGAACUCAGAUGAUGACAUCAGUAAUUUGCAUGGCUCCUGGACUAACACUAAUGUUCCAGUAAAAGUGAAUAGUUCUAAAUUGGUUCUUGGAGGAAAUUCAAGUUUGAAUAUGAGUUCAGUUCAGAUAGGUAAAGGAAUUCGUACUGCUCCUCAGAAGUCAAAUGCUCAACAUCUGUCACAUAGGCUGAUGGGAGAUGAAACUCAGGCUGAUCGUAAUAAAACAGUUAAAUUUUCUAAGUAUACAUUUACCAAGACGAAAAAUUCUCAGAUUGGUUCUCCAUUUAAUCAGAAUUGUGCAGCAGGAAGUAUGUCUGAUACUGACAUUAUAUAUAGCUUAGAAGGAAACAAAAUUUCAUGUGUCAACUCAGCACGCAAGGAAGACGCUCUUCAACACCAAUCUGUGAUGACACCUGAAUUUUUGAAACAACCUUCGAAAGAAGAUGAUGAGAAAAAUAGAAAAUGUUCUCCUGAAGAAAUUCAGAAAAAAAGACAAGAAGCCUUGGUGCGAAGAAUGAGAAAAGCCCGCGCUUCCUCCCUGAAUGCAGCGCCCACGUGA